AUGCAAGAAAACUCUCCUUACUCCCAGCAUUUUCAUGCUGCAAAGAGCUGUCUUCGUCGUGAACAGUACGGCGAUGCCUUGGCACAUUUAGUAUUUCUGGCUAAUGUGGAACCGUCAUCCAAAGAAACGUUAGAAGAAGAAUUCAUCCUCGCUUUACGAAAUUGGUUAGAAAUACUCGAGUCUCAUGGCGAGCUGGAUAAAAUGAUGAUUUGUCUUCAGGAAGCAUUGAAGCUGUAUCCUCAAAGUGAGAUCGUUCUCAUUAACACAGGAGCAAACUUGAUCAAGUUGGGUUUCACUGACGAGGCUGCUUCGUGUUUUAGACGGGCAUUACAUGUAAAUCCAACAAGCAUUAGAGCGAAAGAAAAUCUUGAAAAUGUUGCAAAUCUUUUGGUUGAGAGGUGGCAUUUUAGAAUGUUAAAUGACAAGAAAAGAAAUUUAGCCUACAAACAAGCCAUUUCCAAGGCAAUAAGCCAAGGCCAUGACAUUGUCUUGGAUAUUGGAAGUGGUACUGGUAUUCUAAGUAUGUUUGCUGUUCAAAGUGGAUCAAAAGAGGUGUAUGCCUGCGAAAUGUCCAAGACCAUGUUCGAAUUGGGCCACGAUGUACUGAGGGCUAAUAAAAUGGAAAAGUUGAUUCACACCAUACAUAAAAAAUCAACUGAGAUGACAGUAGGUAAGGAUAUCCCAAAGCAGGUUUCUUUGGUGGUGACAGAGACACUUGACUGUGGUCUCCUUGGAGAAGGAAUUCUCACCACUGUAGAACAUGCAUGGUCUAACUUGCUAAUUCACCCACCAGAGAACUCAGACUCUAAUGUAAAACCCAUUUCUAAGGUCAUUCCUGGUGGUGCUGUUCUUUAUGCCAUGGUAAUUAUGUGCGAUGACAUCAGAAAUCAAACAAGGUGUAAAUCAUCAAUGAGUGGAUUAAAAAUGUUUCCCAAGUGUAGCAUAGGAGGAGAGGUAAUGGAACAAAAGGUAGAAAUACCAUCUGUGAGUGUCAGUGCAUUUGAUCAGCUUGAACCCUACAAUACAGAGAGUUUGAACCAGUUAAGAGGUGGAUUUACAUCUCUCACAUGCCCCUUUAAAGUGACAGAGUAUGAUUUUAACAAUCCUAGUAGCUUGAACAAGGACAGGGACUUGAAGUUUGAAAUCACCGCAACCCACUGUGGUCAAGCUGAUGCAGUUGCAGUCUGGUUUGAUUUGCUACUAGAUGAAGAUAUAACUCUUUCAACUGGCCCCAAAGAUGAUUCCCUGUGCUGGGAGCAGGUAGUUUUCCCCAUUUAUGCAAAUGAUGCUGACUCAUCUUGUAAAUUUGCAGUUUCAAAGGGAGACAUGCUUUCUCUCCAUGGAGAGCUUUCCAAAGAUUACCUGAGGUUCAAUUUUUGUGGAAUUAACUUGAAAAAGCCAGUUUUUGAAUCUAAAGUUAGUGCUGUACCAUCACAAAGGGAGGGUCAAACUGCAAUUUUAAUGAAUCCCUCAACCAAGAGUGACCAUGAAGAGGUUGUGGCAAUCAUUCCACCAUCAUACAUGCGGCGCCUGAAUGACACUCCCUUCAAUAACCUCUAUGAUGAAGUCAUCUCAGGAGCUGUUAACUCCUUGAAACUGAAACAGCAUUUAUGCAGUGGCAAUGGAAAUCCAUGUAAAGAUGGUGUAUGUAAUGUUCUUGACAUCACCUAUGGCCCUGCUUUGUUUUCUCAUUUUGCUGCGAGAGGGAAGGCAGACCAUGUCUUGAUAUUAAAUCCUCACAACACAGAUUGGAUAGAACAUAUUUCACAUGGAAAUGAUUUGCCAAAAGUUAUUGAGAAAGGCUCAGAAAAGCUUGAAGAAAUCGCUAAGGAGGGAAGAAUUUGGAAUUUACUUGUCAGUGACAUUGUAGAGCCAUCAGGCAUCAUUCGUCAGCAAGUUAUUGAAGACAUUGUCUUUUCAAGAGGAUGUCUGCUCAGACCACAAAAUUUUCAAACUAUUCCUAUGGGAUUCACUGUCUACUGCAUGUGCAUUGAAUCUUCUUUCCUGUUUGCCAAUUGUCGUGUACUUGACCAGGACAGAACACUUGGGCUUGAGAUUGGCCAGUUUCUGAAUGAUUUUCAAGUAACCACUCAGAUAGAUAUUGACCUUACAACUCUUCCUUUUUCAAGCAUCACCAACCAUAUUGAACUUUUUAGCAUAAAUUUCAUGGAGCAGUUUGAUGAGGAAAAUAAGGUACUUUCUUUACUUGAAACUCACUCUGAGAAAAAAGUGAAAGUUUCCAAGUCAGGGAGGAUUCAAGCCAUUCCCUACUGGUUUGCUCUGCACAUUGGCAAUCAACACUCACUUUCAACAUAUAGUGGAGAUUAUGCUGAAUCACAUUGGAGGCAAGCAGCUAUUGUUUUGAAAGAGGAAGUAGCUGUGGAAGUUGGACAAGAAAUUAUAAUUUCAGCAUCUUGUGUAAAUAGUAGCAUUACUCUUGAUGUGAAUGUUAUCAAAGAUUGA